AUGCCAAUCCCUGGUGGAGGCCAGACCGUGUGUGGAGGACAAGCGCCGAUCCCUGGUAGUGAGCAGACCAUCAAUGCGGGUCAGAUGCCAGACCCCGGUGGGGACAACAGCAAAGAGAUGUCUACUUUCCUUGAGACACUGGAAGACAUGGAAGAGUCUCUUGAGAGCUUCUCUAACCCCUAUAGAGACUAUGCCAACAUCUCCACUUGUCUAGAAUCACAUCCCUCCAUACCUCUGACCGACUUUGGGGAGAGCAACUGGCACAGUCCAACCCACAGCCAGGUGAUGCCUUCUCCAGCCCUCGGUGGUGAGCAAAACAUCAAUGGGGGUCAGACGCCAGCCUCCACUGCUGACCAGACCACCAAUGGACGACUGAUGCCAAUCCCCGGUGGUGACCAGACCAUCAACGGAGAACAGAUGCCACUCCCCAGUGGUGACCAGACCAUGUAUGGAGGACAGAUGACAGUCCCCAAUUGUGACGGGACCAUCAAUGGAGGACAGAUGCCAGUCCCUGGUGGUGACCAGACCAUCUCUGAAGGAUUCAUGCCAGUCCCCGGUGGUGACCCGGCCAUCUAUGGAGGACAGAUGCCAGAUCCCAGCAGUGACCACACCAUCAAUGGAGGACAGAUACCAAUCCCCAAUAUUGAACAGACCAUCAAUAUGGGUCAGCUACCAGCCCCCAGUGGUGACCAGAUCAUCUAUGGAGGACUGAUGCCAACCCCCGGUGGUGAACACACCAUGAAGGAAGAACAGAUGCCACUCCCCAGUGGUGACCAGACCAUGUACGGAGGACAGAUGUCAGUCCCCAAUCGUGACGGGGCCAUCAAUGGAGGACAGAUGCCAAUCCCUGGUGGUGACCAGACCAUCUCUGAAGGAUUGAUGCCAGUCCCCGGAGGUGACCCGACCAUCUAUGGAGGACAGAUGCCAGAUCCCAGCGGUGACCACAGUACCAAUGGAGGACAGAUACCAAUCCCCAGUUUUGGCCAGACCAUCAAUAUGGGUCAGCUGCCAACCCCCGGUGGUGAACAGACCAUCAAUUGGGGUCAGAUGCCAAUCCCUGGUGGUGACCAGACCAUCUAUGGAGAACUGAUGCCAACACCCGUUGGUGAACAGACCAUCAAUGGGAGUCAGAUGCCAGUCCCCGGUGAUAACCAGACCGUCAAUGGGGAACAGAUGCCAGUCUCCGGUGUUGACCAGACCAUGUAUGGAGGACAGAUGUCAGUUCCCGGUGGUGACCAGGCCGUCAGUGGAGGACAGAUGCCAGUCCCCGGUGGUGACCAGACUAUUAAUGUGGGUCAGAUGCCAAUUCCCACGGGUGUCCAGACCAUCUAUGAAUGA